CACUCCCACUCACAGUUUAGUCUGAGGUCCAGCCCCCUCUCAGUAGCAUUCAGUGCCAGACUUCAGGGAGGUAGUUUCCUUCUCACAAAACAGCUUGUGUAACUGAGCAGAGAGGCAUGGGCUGGCGGAAGGGUGUUCUUGUGCUAAAGCUGGGGCAGGGUCUGAGGCCGGGGCUGAGGCUGGGGCCAGGGUUGGGACUGAGGCAGGGGCUUAGGCUGGGACUGCUGGUUCUGCUGUGCUGCCUUGCCCUGUGUCCAGCGCCUGUCCAGGGGGACAAGGUCCUGGUGAUGCCUGUAGACGGGAGCCACUGGCUGAGCAUGAAGCUGCUGGUGAAGGAGCUGGCGGCCAGAGGCCAUGAGAUGGUUGUGCUGGUCCCUGACACAUCCAUCCUCAUCCAGGGCUCUGACUACUACAGGACUGAGACCUUCAGGGUCCCCUACAGCAAGGCACAACUGGACGAGAACGUCAACAAACUGAAGGACGCUGCGUUCCUCAAGGCCCCGGAUGUAAUGGACAUAUUCGUGAACGUGCAGCAUCUGAUUCACUUCACCGACAUGCAGGUGAAAGGCUGUGAGGGUCUGCUGUAUGACAAGCCCCUGAUGCAGCGACUGAGAGGAGACGGGUUCAAGAUGAUGCUGACCGACCCCUUCCUACCCUGUGGAUCCGUCAUCGCUGACUCCUUCAACAUCCCAGUGGUUUACUUCUCGAGGGGGAUCCCCUGUGGGCUGGAUGAGAAGGCUGCCCAGUGCCCCACUCCCCCAUCUUACGUACCACGCUUAUUCUCCGGCAACACUGACAACAUGGACUUCCUAGGGAGGGUUAAGAACAUGCUCAUGUACAGUCUGGAGAGCUACCUGUGUACGGUAAUGUUUGCCAGCUUUGACGAGCUGACCAGUAGGUACCUGGAGAAGGACAUGACGUACAGGGAACUGCUGGGUCACGGGGCCAUCUGGCUGCUGAGGUAUGACUACUCCUUUGAGUAUCCCAAACCCAGGAUGCCCAACAUGGUCAACAUUGGAGGCAUCAACUGUGGUAAAAGAGCUCCACUUCCAGCGGACCUGCAGGAGUUUGUGGAUGAGUCAGGAGAGGAUGGCUUCGUGGUCUUCACCCUGGGCUCUAUGAUCUCUCAGAUGCCCGAGGAGAAAGCCAAGCAGUUCUUUGAUGCCUUCAGCAGGAUCCCUCAGAGGGUGGUGUGGAGGUACACAGGAGUGGUGCCUGAGAACGCUCCAGACAACGUCAGAUUGAUGAAGUGGCUUCCUCAGAAUGAUCUGCUGGGCCACCCCAAGGUCAAGGCUUUCAUUACCCACGGAGGAACCCACGGUAUCUACGAGGGGAUCUGUAACAGUGUUCCCAUGGUGAUGCUUCCGUUGUUCGGUGACCAGAGUGACAACGUACACCGCAUGGCGGUGAGGGGUGUCGGGGAGGUGCUCAAUUUGUUCGAUAUCACCUCAGACAAACUGGUGGAGGCCCUCAACAAGGUCAUCAACGACAAGAGUUACAAGGAGAAGAUGAUGAAGCUGUCAGCGGUGCAUAAGGACCGUCCCAUCGAGCCCCUGGACCUGGCCGUGUUCUGGUCAGAGUUUGUGAUGCGUCACGGCGGAGCGGAACACCUGAGACCCGCCGCUCACGACCUCAACUGGAUCCAGUACCACAGUCUGGACGUGUUCACUCUGCUACUCACUAUAGUUCUCAUUGUUGUCAUGGUCACCGUUAAAUGCUGCAAAGUCUGCUUCCGCAAGUGUUGUGGAACGAAGAAGACUAUGAAGAAGAAGAAGAGUGAGUGAAUGUCCUUCCUGUGGCCUAGGCCGGGAUUCAAUCCAAGGCUCGUUGUAGAGCGCUGUCGACAAUAAUGUGCCUUUAAAAGGCAAUGUUCCUGUGUUUGCUGAGAUCACAUUCACAGUAAACGCUGCAGAUGUUGGCUCAAUCAUAAAGUACCUUAAAAUGUCAAGCGCGCUACAAUGCGCUACAGAUUGAAUCCCAGCCCAAGCAAUCAGGCCCUAGAGUUCAGAGUAACUAUACUGCCCACUCUAGGUCCUGUGUAUAACAGGGAGUGAAUAGGCUACUGUAGGUUGAAGGAAAGAAACGCCUGACAGAGAUUUGCCAUUUUUAUGUUUGUUUGAUAUCUCAGGAUAAUGUCAGAGUAACUUCAUGUAUCUGUUGUCAAUAAGGCCUGAUGCCUGCCACCAGCAAGACAGUCCCAUUCCAUCACAGGAGGUUGGUGGCACCUUAACUGCUGGUAAUGGCUGGAGCGGAACGGUAUCAAAUACAUCAAACACGUGGUUUCCAGGUGUUUGAUGCCAUUUCAUUUGUUUCAUUACAGCCAUUAUUAUGAACCGUCCUACCCUCAGCAGCCUCCUAUGUAUUCCACAGUCAGCCACUGUGCCUUUGGAGGAGGAGUGUGACUCAAACUGUUGGCCUGUCUAGCGUGUGUGAUGCCAAUUCAAGAUCCUGUUUAGUAAAAAGCAUGAACUGAUGCACACCCACAUUGUUUUGUAGAGGUGCUAACCAACAAAGAUUAAACUGUAUAAAAAUCAAGUUGCACAGUCAGAGUUGCCGAAACGUUGGUUAUUUGGUUUACUUAAUCAAUUGUUUGGAGUAUAUAUAUUGAGUGUACAACUUUCUUUCUUUCUUUUUAUACAAUUUAGUAUCUUGGUAACACAACCAAUAUAUGUCAUGCUGGUAUAAAGGAUUUUGGAGACAGGCACAGUAAUACACAAUAGGGUUUUUUGAUACACCCAAAACAAACACGUAUACAAAAACACUGGGCUGUACCCAAACAAAAGAGCGAGGGUAAACCUUGUUGAACGCCACAGGACGAUUCCCAUAAUACACAAUAUAUAUAUAUAUAGCACGCAGCAUAGCAGCUGCACCAACGUACUCAAACUACCAAUGGACAUGGGAACAAUAACCGACAGCCCAAUGGAAACCAAAGGGCACACUUAUACAAGUACUAAUCAGUGGGAAUAGGGGACAGGUGUGUGUAAUGAAUGUUCCGGAGGGAUCCGUGACAAUAUAGUGGCAAGAGAGAAUUUCUCUUUGUCUUUGAAAGGCAUUUUGACAGUAAAAAGCUAUGGCAGGUGUGUCAUUUUGCUUGCGCCUCAUUCGGUCUUCAUCAAGGUCCAGAGAGCACCACUGCCAUUUUUUUAAAUAUUUCCUCACCGUCAAAAUUUGCUAAAUGUAGUCCUUUAUCCAUCGUUUUUGGAAUUUCCAAUGCUCCCUGACUGUCUAGCGUUCAUUUCAGUAACUAUUGUGUUUUGUUGUACAGUACUUUUUCAUUAUGUUUGGAAUAAUGUUUCAAGUGAAAAAAAAACAUUGUGAAAAUCUACAAAUAAAUUGUAAUACAAAGUUG